UUUACAUAUCAACAAAUUGUUUUUUUUUUGUUUUUCAGUUUUGUAUUUGCGUCUCAUUUCUGAACUCCUCCGUCGCUCUCUCUCUGUCACCCUCCUCCCGAUUCUUGAAGCCCUUCGCCCCGCCGCCGCUCGCAAAUCGCAAUAGAUUUGUGCCGAGGCAGCCAUGUCUUCUGUAAGAAUGGACAGCAUUACGAAUGUUAUAGAGUACGAGGCUGCUGCAAGAGAGAAGCUGCCGAAGAUGGUGUACGAUUACUAUGCAUCUGGAGCAGAGGACCAGUGGACUCUCCAAGAGAAUCGGAAUGCCUUUUCAAGAAUACUGUUUCGGCCUCGUAUAUUGGUCGAUGUGAGCAACGUUGAUUUAUCCACAACCAUAAUGGGCUUCAAGAUCUCAAUGCCAAUCAUGGUUGCUCCAACAGCUAUGCAGAAAAUGGCACAUCCUGAAGGGGAGCUUGCCACGGCAAGGGCAGCAUCAGCAGCCGGCACUAUCAUGACAUUAUCCUCAUGGGCCACAAGCAGUGUCGAAGAGGUUGCAUCAACCGGACCAGGCACUCGAUUCUUUCAGCUUUAUGUUUUCAAGGAUAGAAGCGUAGUUCAGCAGGUAGUGAAAAGAGCUGAACGUGCUGGUUUCAAGGCAAUUGCUCUGACUGUCGACACUCCAAGGCUAGGCCGAAGAGAAGCUGAUAUCAAGAACAGAUUUGUGCUGCCAUCGAACUUGACAUUGAAGAAUUAUGAGGGCUUAGAUCUUGGCACAAUAGAUUCAGCCAAUGACUCUGGACUCGCUGCAUAUGUUUCUGAACAGAUCGACCGGUCUCUUAACUGGAAGGAUAUAAAGUGGCUUCAGUCCAUCACUAAAUUGCCAAUUCUUGUCAAGGGCGUGCUAACUGCCGAGGACGCUCAUUUGGCCGUACAAGCUGGCGCAGCGGGGAUUAUCGUGUCGAAUCACGGUGCUCGCCAACUUGACUAUGUUCCUGCAACCAUAGUAGCCUUGGAGGAGGUUGUGAAAGCUGUAGAGGGGAGAGUUCCGGUGUUCUUGGAUGGUGGGAUUAGGCGCGGAACAGACGUCUUCAAGGCAUUAGCCCUCGGAGCAUCGGGUGUAUUUAUUGGGCGGCCUGUUCUGUUUGCAUUAGCGGCCGAUGGGGAAGCCGGUGUAAGAAAAGUUCUCGAGAUGCUGCGCAACGAAUUUGAGCUGACUAUGGCGCUGAGCGGGUGCCGGUCGAUUGCGGAGAUUUCACGUCGCCAUGUUGUGGCACCUUGGGACACACAUGCGUGGGCACGUCUUUAGAUUGUCUGGAUUCUUCUUGAACCAGAUCAUGGCUACAUUGUUGUAGGACUUAUAUAUUGUAGUCGAAAUAAUUGUUAUGAUUACCUUCCAUAGGAGGGUGUUGGAACAUGAAAAUUGUUGCAGAAAUCCAUGGUUGGAAAGAAUUGUGUGACGAAUAAAUUAUGAGAUGGAGAAGAAGAUGCAUUUAGAAGCAGCGUAGUACAUCAAUUGCUAUGCAUUUUCUGAGAUAUGCUCUUAUGCAAACAAAUAUGUAUAUGUGUGUAUGAUCAUAAAUGAAAUAAAAUCAAUUCAAUUUGUUUGAAGGUAUAA